AGCCAGCACUAAAACAACACAAGCGCAGCAAAAAAAAAAAGAUUUUGCAAUUUUUAUUAGUUUCUACACAAUAUAUUUUAAUGUAGAUUUAAACAAAACAUCGUGUACAAUGGGAUAUGAUGUCAAUCGCUUUCAAGGCGAAGUGGACGAGGAGCUAACAUGUCCCAUAUGUUCCGGUGUGCUAGAGGAUCCGCUGCAGGCGGUUAUGUGUGAGCACGCCUUCUGUCGUGGCUGUAUAAAUGAGUGGUUAACACGCCAGCCAACAUGUCCAGUCGAUCGCAACGCAUUAACAACGGCCAAUUUGCGAGCUGUGCCGCGCAUAUUGCGCAACUUGUUAUCCAGACUUUCCAUAACCUGUGACAAUGCGCCCUAUGGCUGCACAGCUGUACUUAAGCUGGAUGCAUACAAUUCGCACUUGGAGGAGUGCGUGCAUAAUCCGAAACGGCCGUUUCCCUGUGAGAAAGGCUGUGGCUUUGACAUACCUAAGGAUGAGCUGAAGGAUCACAAUUGUGUGCGUGAGCUGCGCACACUAAUCGUUAAACAAACGGAGCAAAUGAAUCAAAUGAAAACGGAGUUAGUUGACGAACAGCUGACCAUCAAUGAGCUGAAGCGUGAAUUGCAGCUCUUCAAAGAUUUUAUGCGUGCGAUGCGCGUGUCAAAUCCGGCAAUGCGCGCCAUUGCCGAUCAAAUGGAGCGCGACGAGGUGAUACGCUGGAGCAGCGCUUUGGCCAGAGCGCGUGUCACACGCUGGGGCGGCAUGAUCUCUACACCCGACGAUGCCCUACAGCUGAUGAUCAAGCGCGCCCUGUCCGAGUCUGGUUGCCCGCCACACAUACUGGAUAGUUUAAUGGAGAACUGCCACGAGCGGAGAUGGCCCCGGGGACUCAGUUCGCUUGAGACGCGACAGAAUAAUCGUCGCAUCUACGACAAUUAUGUUUGCCGACGCAUACCAGGCAAACAGGCGGUGCUUGUGCUGAGCUGUGACAAUGUGCACAUGACUGAGGAUGUUAUGGUCGAGCCGGGCCUGGUUAUGAUCUUUGCGCAUGGCAUCGAAUAGGCAUCUCUAAUACAUUCAACUAUAAUUAGUAACUAAAUACUAAAUGUAUAUCAAACAGUG